GCUCUUCUACAACGAUUACAACAUGUAAUAUACCUUCUCCCCUCGCCUUCGAAGACUGUGAUCCACUGACUCUCCCAGCGGUGGAGACUUUCCGUCGCAAGCCAAAACCGAAUGCGCCUUCAAACUGAUAUCGCAGCUGCAAGCCGCCAAAGCGCCCAUCGACGGAAUCGGCAUCCAAUCCCAUUACAGCGCAAAUCCACAGGCCUUCCCGUCAAAGGAAUCGGCCCACUUUACUAUGGACCGUCUCAAGAACAUGGGCCUCACGGGCGCGAUCACGGAAAUGGACGUCUGGCUUCCUGACAACACGACCGAAAGCCUGCGGUGGCAGGCUUCCAUCUUUGGAGACAUUCUCGAUUCUUGUCUCUACAGCUCAAACUGCAACGAGUUUCUUGUCUGGGACAAUCGCGACGACGAAUCGUGGCUGAACGCUUUCAACACGGGUGUGCACAUGGGAACUCUCUUCGACGCGGAGGGCAAUCCCAAACUGCCGUACUUUGAAGUGCUUGCCCGGCUGCUCAAUUUCGCUGCCGGACACACCGAGCCGUGUGCCACGUCCAAAGGAACUGCGUUCUGCGUACUGUAAUGUUUUACAGUAAAAAUGUGCUCAAUAGUUCACCCCAUUUACCUGGGAAGUCCUCGUCAGAAAUGCAAUAACAGACACACGUGGUUUACGGCA